CGGAAGAGGUGUCGUUUGACUCACCGAGACUGACACGCAUUCACCGGUUAGCUCGGCUCAUUUUCGCACUCUCCCCCCAGUUCAAAGCCUGUUCACCUUGGAAACUCCGUGGUGGUGGUGGUGGUUUAUGAUCAGCCGUUUUGUCGGUUACGUGUGUCAGAGGGUGCCGAGCUUGUUGGAUCGGAUCUCGCAGAUGAUGAAGCCGCAGGUUGUGUUCGUGCUGGGCGGGCCUGGCGCCGGCAAAGGGACCCAGUGCUCCAAAAUCGUGGAGAAUUACAACUACACCCAUCUGUCAGCUGGGGACUUGCUGAGAGCAGAGAGAGCCAGGGAGGGGUCAGAGUAUGGACAGCUCAUCGCAAACUACAUCAAGGAGGGCCAAAUUGUCCCUGUGGAAAUCACCAUCAACUUACUCAGUAAGGCGAUGGACGAAACCAUGCAGGAAGAUGAUAAAAAGUUCCGUUUCCUCAUAGACGGCUUCCCUCGCAAUGAGGACAACCUUCAGGGCUGGAACAAGGUCAUGGAUGGGAAAGCAGACGUCAAAUUUGUGCUUUUCUUUGACUGUAGUAAUGAGGUUUGCAUCGAAAGGUGUCUAGACAGGGGGAAGAGCAGUGGACGCACAGACGACAACAGAGAAAGCUUGGAAAAAAGAAUCAAAACCUACCUGCAGUCUACGCGACCAAUCAUUGAACAGUAUGAGAAACAAGGCAAGGUGCGCACUAUAGACGCCUCUCGUUCUGUGGAUGAGGUGUUUGCCGAUGUGAAAACCACCCUAGACAAAGAAGGCUGAGUUUCCAUACUGCCAACAAUAAUUAACUUUUUAGUUUUCUUUUUAUCCACUGCAACUACACUAUAAGUUUAUACGUCCGUUCAAAUGUCUUUUUACUCUUGGUCAUCUUUUUUUUUUUUUUUUUGGGUUUUCCAUCUUUUGUAAAUGCUGCACUUAUUGUUUGUGAGUGAGUGUACAAUAUGUAUUAGUGUGAAUGAAGUAGAGAUGCCCCGUAGUUAUUUGUUACUGUCUUUCAUCAUAGCUUGAGGCCUUUUUGCAUAGAAGCAAAAUGUAUUGUUUAGCAUAGAGGGAUUGUUGAGCCGCAUUAUGUAAUAAAAGUUCAAAAUGUAAUGAGAAUGUCGCGUCAUCUUGUAAUAAAGCCACAUUAUGUAGUAAACUACUUCAAUGCAUUAUGUAGUAAAUUUUUUCGCAUU